AUGACGCAACAAGAGGCGACACCCGAGAACAUGACGAUGAUGCAGGGGUUUGAGUGGUAUGUCCCGGCAGACCAGAAACACUGGAAGCGCUUAACGGACCAAAUGCCGCAACUGAAGGCUUGGGGCAUCGACAACAUCUGGAUCCCCCCCGGUUGCAAGGGCUCUAGCAAGGAAGGCAAUGGGUACGACAUUUACGACCUGUAUGACAUUGGGGAGUUUGAUCAGAAGGGCGGCGUGGGCACAAAGUGGGGCACCAAGGAGGAGCUUCAAACGCUCUGCAGGGCAGCGAAUGACCACGGCGUCGGCAUCUACUGGGACGCCGUUCUGAAUCAUCGCUUCGCCGCUGACCAUAGAGAGAAGUGCCAGGCUGUGGAGGUCGACCCCGAUGACCGAACCAAGGUUGUCAGUGACCCUUACGAGAUUGACGCCUGGGUAGGCUUCGACUUUCCCGGCCGAGGCGACAAAUACAGCAAGCAAAAAUACCACUGGUACCACUUCAGCGGCGUCGACUACAAUGCAGCCAAUAAGAAGUCGGCAAUCUACAAGAUCCUCGGUGAGAAGUCAGACGGGCUUUGGGCGGAAACGCCGGACGUUGACGACGAAAAGGGCAAUUAUGACUAUCUCAUGGGAUCGGAUUUGGACUACGACCACCCGGAAGUCGAGGCCGAUGUUCUCGCUUGGGGCAAAUGGCUUGCUGACACCCUGCCGCUCGGAGGCAUUCGGUUUGAUGCCAUCAAGCAUUUCAGCGCUGACUUUCUCGAGAAAUUUGUGAAGCAAAUGGACGAAAAGUACGGCAAGGGCUGGUUCUUCGUGGGCGAGUUCUGGAAAGACAGUCUUGAAGACAUGCACAGCUACCUCGACCGCAUGGACAAGAAGUUCUCGCUGUUUGACGCGCCUCUGGUGCACAACUUUAGCGCCAUCAGUCAAGCCGACAGCGCCGACAUCCGCCAGGUGUUUGACGAUACACUGGUGCAAUCGAGACCGGUGAACGCUGUCACUCUCGUCAUGAACCACGACACGCAGCCAUACCAGGCCCUCGAGGCCCCAAUUGCCGAUUGGUUCAAGCCUAUUGCAUACUCUCUUAUCUUAUUGCGCAGCGAGGGCUAUCCAUGCGUCUGGUACGGCGACGUCUACGGCAUCAAAGGCGAGCACGAGUUCCCGCCUUCAUGUGGCGGAAUGCUCCCGCACCUGAUGCUCGCACGGAAACUCUACGCGUACGGCCAGCAGGCUGACUACUUUGACUACGCGACGUGUUUGGGUUGGGUGCGCUACGGUACGCACGACAGGCCGGCGGGAAUGGCGGUCAUCCUCAGCAAUGCCGGCCCUGGAACCAAGAGAAUGCACGUCGGGGAGAUGCACGCGGGCGAGAAGUGGACUGAUGUGCUCGGCUGGGCGGAGGGUGAAGUCGUCAUCCAGGACGACGGCUUUGGUGAGUUUACAUGUGGGCAAUGCAGUGUGAGUGUCUGGGUGCGGUGCGAUGCUGCCGGACGUGACAAGUUCAAGGAGAAAUUUGACAGUGAGAUUUACUGA